UGUACCAACGCCAAUCCCCGCAUCAGGCGAGGUAGUACAUAUAUCCAACCAAAGUAAUUGAAGCAUCGAAGCAUGGCGGCACCCCUCUACACAACAGCCUCAGGCUUGCUGUUUCAUGCUGGAAAGAUUCUCAUCUUAACAGUUGGCUUACCCGCUCGUGGCAAAACCCACAUUUCUCGCGCGCUCGAACGUUAUCUCAGAUGGAUGGGCGUGAAGACUCAGGUCGUAUCUCUAGGUGACUAUCGACGGAAGACCCUUGGUGGUGCCAAGAAACUGCCGCCAGAUUACUUCACGUUAGGCGAGAAGAGUCCAGAGACCAUGGCAUUGCGCAAGAUGGUGUCGGAUGGCUGCGAAAAGCUCAUCGAGGACUUCUUUGGGGCCGGUGGACAGGUCGUGAUUUAUGAUGCCAAUAAUGGUUCACGAACUACGCGGCAGGCCUUGGCAGAGAAGUACGAUAAGCAGGGAAUUCAUGUGAUCAUCCUUGAGUCUGUGUGCGAUAACAAAGAGAUUAUAGAGACUAAUAUCCGGAACGUCAAGAUAUCCUCUCCUGAUUAUCGCGGCUGGGAUCCAGACAAAGCAGUGGAAGAUUACUAUGAACGAAUCCGUGAUCGCGAAAAGUCGUACGAGACGGUUGAAGAAACCACUUGGCCAUUUAUCCGUAUAAUAAAUGUAGGCGAGAAGAUCAUGGUCAACAACAUUCGUGGUUAUUUGCAGUCGCGAAUCGUUUUCUUCCUCAUGAAUAUCCACAACAGACCCCGCAUGAUUUACUUUGCUCGGUCUGGACAAUCACUCAUUGAACAUUCUUACAAAGCCGACUCGGAUCUUUCUCCUGCUGGGUGGGAAUACUCUGAGCGGCUGAGAGAGUUCGUGGUUGAGCGGCGUGCCAAAUCGCUCGAGCAGAAUGGGUUCGACCCUAAUGAUAGACGCCUAGUUAUAUGGACAUCAACUCGGCGUCGUGCCCAUCACACCGCUUGGCCAUUCCUGACCCCAACACACUCCACUUCAAUUCCGCAACAGCUCCCUCUUGUUUCCUCUCAUCUCACUUUGCCACCACAGUCUGCGAUUGCACGGAAUGUGUUAACCACUGACGAAGCUGGGGAGCUGACAGAAACAAAAGUCACGACUGGCUCGUCUUUGAAAAUCAAGGUGAUCGAGAAGACGCAGAUGUGCGAGAUCAAUCCUGGGGUCUGGGACGGCCUUACUCCAGAUCAAGCGAGAAAGUUCUACCCCGAGGAGUGGGCAAGAUUCGUCAAGGAUCCAUACGCAUUCCGCGCUCCCAGAGCUGAGAGCUAUCACGAUUUAUCUGUUCGCCUGGAACCCAUCUUGAUUGAAUUGGAACGUGAAAAAGAAGACCUCUUGAUUAUCGGACACUCUUCUGUCAUCCGAUGUCUUCUCGCGUAUCUGAUCGGGUUGCCUGCGAGCGAGAUACCUGCAAUUGAAAUUGCGAGAGGUGACUUACUGGAAGUUGUUCCGACUUCCUACGGUGUGCACAGCCAAGCUUUCCACUUCUGGGAUGGUCCUGGUCGACGGGGAGAAGGCAUCGACGGAGAUGGCGACCAAGAGGAGGUUGGGCUGUCAAGGAGAGAUGAGACAAACUUUUACGAGAAUUAUGCGGAGGACACGAAGGGGAAAAAGAGAAUGAACGCUGUGGAUCUAGGGUUCCUGUCCCCUCGUAUACAGGAAGGCAGCGAAGAGGCCCUGGCAGAUGGAACCUGACUCGCACCUUGACAGUUUUAGCAAUUUCUCAGGGCUGUAUACUACUACAUAUCGGUAUCAAACAGAUUGUUCCACACUUCCA